AUGGAGCGACAGGGAGUGGACAUGCCCCACGUAGAAUGCAAGGACCAGCAGCCGCAGACGCUGGGGGAGAGCAAGGAGCGGCAGCAGUGCGAGGAGAGCCGCGAAGACGAAGCCGGUCGGGGGUCAGCUAGUGCCAACCGCCGGCUGAUGAUGCUAGAAGGGAAGUCAGUAUCCUACUUUUCCUCUCUGGAGUCAAGCAUCGACAUCCUGAAGAAGAGGGCCCAGGAGCUGAUAGAAAACAUCAACGAGAGCAGACAGAAGGACCAUGCACUCAUGACCAACUUCAGGGACAGCCUCAAGAUCAAGGUUUCAGACCUGACAGAAAAGCUAGAGGAGAGGAUGUAUCAGAUUUAUAAUCACCAUAACAAGAUCAUUCAGGACAAGCUCCAAGAGUUCACCCAGAAAAUGACAAAGAUCAGCAAUUUGGAAACAGAGCUCAAACAAGUGUGCCACACCGUGGAGACAGUGUACAAAGACCUGUGCAUCCAGCCUGAGGUAUGA